UCACGUGACCAUGAUUAGGAUUAGAUUUCCCGGACAAUGCGAUAAACCGUCUCGUUGAUGAGGUUUGACCGUCCAAUGUAGCUGUAUACAUCUCUGGGCUUUGACACUCAUUAUUAUCAAAUGCAAAUCCAAAAAUGACGAUCUGAUUCGAGAAUCGGAAGUAAAGUCUUGGAAGAAUUGUGAAAAUUGCCACUUUUACUCGUCAAAUAUGGCGGCGAGAAAUGUCAAACAGGCUGCGGGGUUAUACGACCCCGCGGAGAAACUGCAGUCAAACACAUUGAAGCGUCACCCUAAGAUGGACCUGAACAAAGCCGACCUGUUACGGUUACUAAGUUACCUGGAAGGAGAGCUCCAAGCAAGGGAUGUUGUCAUAGCAACUUUGAAGGCAGAGAAGGCAAAACAAUUGCUGUACCAGGCCAAAUAUGGUCGUUUUGGUUUAGGUGACCCCUUCCAGGCGUUACAAAGAGAUUCUGAUAACAUGAAAGACAACACUUUUGAUGAGUCGGCCAUUAAAUCAAUGUAUGACAACCAGUUGGCACAACUGGAGAAUCUCAUUGCUACACAGCGAAAGGCCCAACUAAAGAUGAGGGAACAGCUAGCCACUGCAGAGAAACGUUACCACAAGGUAUGUAGUGAGUUGGAAGAUGAGAAGAGAAAGCACGCUCAGGACACAGCUCAGGGUGACGACGUCACAUACAUGCUUGAGAAGGAGAGAGAGCGUCUUCGUCAGGAGAUUGAUUAUGAAAAAGGUCAAAAUAAAAAACUGGAGAAGGAUCUUAAAAAGACACUUGCAAGCUUAGAGGAAGAACGUGCUAAUUCUGUGAAACAUAAACAGGUGGCUGUUAUGCUAAUUAAAGAACAAAAAAAAUUAAUUGAAAGACUUGUCAUUGAUAGACAGAAGUGCAAUCAAUAUGAUCAGUUGUUAAAGGAUGAAAAAAACAAAACAAUAACAAUGGCUGAGGGCCUUGUGCAAGAAAGUAAGAAAUCCCUUAAAAUGGAGGCUUCCAUGGAGAAGCAACUGAAUGACUUUGAUCUAGAACGAGAACAAUUGAAAAAUCGUCUUAGUAAAAGUGAUACAAAAAACAAAGAACUACAGUCCCAGGUAGAUAUUCUACAAAUGCAGGUGGAUGCACUUCAGAAACAGCUGGCGACAGCAGCUACCACAGCCAAAGAUUCUCUACAGAACAUAGAGGUGAAGUCUUCUCCUGCUCGAGGAGGUACAGAAAGGCUAGGAGGAGCCACUCUUACUGUAGUUAGUCCCACGAUAGGUAAACCUGUGCCAAAAUCUUCAAAACCACUUGUUGUGGAUGGAGGAGUUCGAAUCUCAGAAGAUAGAUCAUAUUCUCCAGCAGGAAUUGGAGAAAAUGCUGUUCUAAAGACUGUGCGUUAUGGAGUUAACUCCCCUGCCCGUUCCCCAGAAAGGGGUUCUUUGAGUGGAGGAGAUUCGUCUGAAAUGAGAGUAGGCCCUGUUGGGGCUGUAUCUGUUGACAAAUCGGAGAACUACAGAGGGGCUGGCACGAGAAUUGGUAUCUCCCCAGGGUCCUCUGCUGUUAUAUCAUCUGGAGGCAAAAUGUUGACUGUAAAUGUAGCCUCUCAAAACGCUAAUAAUCCAAAUAUCAGUGCUGCCAACACCUCUCCACGUAAAAUGGUCCCACUUGGCAGGGGUACACCGCCCCCUCUGCCCCCCAACAAGCCUGUGUUGAACUCCCCAGUUCCAGGGAAGCCGGCCCCUCCCCCCAAAGUUGGGGUCUCGGUGUGCAAAGACACCCCAAAUGACACAAGUAAUCGUGCAACACCUAAAGCUGUGCACAUACCUGUGAGUGUGGUGCAUGGGAGUGGCGGGGCGGGGCGGCAGUCUGCUGGUACAGAUUCCUCCUCCCCGAUGAGGAAGCCCGCGCAGGUUUGUUUUCGUAUUCUUCCUCUCCCAUAUCCUCUACAAUAUUUGUCUUAUUCCUCCUCUUCCCUUUCCUUACAUUCCGAAUCCUCUGACUUGUAUCCUGUCUCCCAUCCUCCUGUGUUUUUCUUUUUUCUGUGUGUGAUGCUCCAUUGUUAUGAGUGGAUUUCGUGGCAUGCACAGCGUACACUUUUCUUGCAGUUGAUUCCUGAAGCUUUGGAUGUUGUUUCCACCCCUGAUGUUGCGUCUCCUCUAACCUCUCCGUCCCCUGGUCAUGCACCAGUGAACUCGCAGUUACCGGCUACUGCGCUUGAAUUCCUUGGGCCAGAAAUGGCGGACCUUCAGCAGCUUUUAUCAUCUAUCAUGACAGAUUCGGAUAAUCCACAUAAUUUAGCCCAUUCCCCCUCCCCUUCUCCCUCCCCUGCUCUGCCCGUUUGUUCCCCUAUCCCACCCGAUAUUGUCUUCUCACCCAUCCACAAGCGCGCCCAUGAUGGUGACCAAGAUGCCCUGCGCCAACUCAUCCUUGACAGGGAGGCUGAUGUGAACCUCCCCCUCAAGGACGGGACCACGCCCCUUCUGUGUGCCGCUGAAUCUGGACACCAGGAAUGUGUAUCUAUUCUCCUGGAUCAGGGUGCGAACCCUAAUGCCUCACGUGAUAACAAAUACAGUCCUCUCCACGCAGCUGCUGCUCAUGGACACAGAAUGUGUGUUCAGGUGUUACUGGAGCGUGGAGCAAGCCCUAACCUAAAUGAUCACCAAGGCUGGACGCCACUCCACCUAGCAUGUACCCAAGGUCAUACAGACUGCUGCAAGAUACUACUAGACUAUGGGGCCCAACUCACUGUAUAUUCUAAUACCAGUUGGACACCUCUACAUUGUGUUGUUCACCCUGGACAUGUUGACUGUCUCCAUGCCCUUCUGACCUAUGACCCCCGAAGCCCCCAUCGGGACCCACCAGGCUCCCCUUCUACAGCCUCACAGAGUGAUGGCACCAUACAGAGGGCCAUCAACAUGGCUGACAAGGACGGCUGGACCAUUGCAUUUGUUGCUGCCAUCAGACCAUCACCAGACUGUCUUGCUGUUAUAAUGAACAUAUGUGACGUGAACGUCCAGCAUCAGGACCGAUGGGGACGUACCAUAAUGGACGUUGCCUCGGUGGCGUGCAAGGAGUUUAUACAGCAAAGAACAGGUGGAAAGGACCUUCUGUUGACUGUCACUCUGGAACUACAGUACCCUAACCUAUCUGAGGACUUUACCACCUUACACCUACCCAGUCAGAAGUUUGUUAUUGGCCAUCUGUCGGUGGAAGGAGGACUGAGCUGGGCUGGGCUUGAGACACGUCUCCAACAUACCCUCACCAACUACUUCUCACAGAUUGACACAGGCCUUCGUACCAAACGCACCAGUCGCCUGGAUCCUGAGAUUGCAAUGGAUAACAUCCAGUACAGUCUAGGCCUGGACUCAAACUGUAUACACAGUUGUUCUAUAGGUAACCACAGAUGGGAACUUGGCUCCCAUAGCAACACACUACCACACAGUAUGAUACGGGAAAGCAGUCGAAGGGAGAUAACCAUCAUUCUUGCAAACACAGUGGAAUGUGUGGCCUGGGAUGUUUUGUUUCCUGUCUCUGUCAUACACAACUACAUCAGACUACUGGAGCACUACAAGAGUGUGGUAUUUUAUGGCCCUGAGAAGACUGGCAAGACAUACCUGGCCCACAGACUAGCCCAUCUCAUAGCUAGAAAGGAAAAAGAAAGUGGAAAAGUUCCCCAGAUUCACAGCAUUGUCCUUCAUGAGACUUUCUGCCAUCGUGAUCUUGUAAACCUGUUGCAAAGCACAGGCUGCAUGGUACGCGAAGGUGUAGAGUCAGAUGACCGGGCCCCAAUCCUUAUCUUAGAUGACCUUGAGAAGGUGGAUGUUGCUGUCCUCUUUGGGAAAUUACUUGCAGCAAUAGAGCACAGAGGACAGUUUCACACAUUCACUACCGAGGGAGAUGAUCAGACUCGAUUCUAUUUUCUGGAUAGUUUCUAUAUCAUUGCCAGCAUGAACAAAUCUAGAUCCACAGGAUUGGAUUUAAACAUACAACAAAGAUUUCGCUGGGUACAUUUUCGGAUAGACAUCGAGCCUAUACGUAACUUAUUGGCCAGACAUCUUCUCCGUAACUUUAUCCACAUAGGUGAUGGUCAGUUACCUGUGAUGGACAGCAUGAUGUUUCGUGCAGUUGAGUGGAUUGUGUGUGUGUGGCAGAGACUAAAUGAUGGUGUGGCUAAACUUGGCUUACCAGAUGUCAUGUUUGGUCCAUACCAGUUCAUCAUGUGUCCGCUACAUUCCCAAGAUCCUAACACUAUCUAUAACUGGCUGUCAGGACUCUGGAACAACCUUAUAGCACCUACAGUCAAAGUUGCUGUGGUGAAGGGCACCGGAAAGGACACAUCAUCUGAUGGUCAGCAGAAGGUGGCUAACACAGCUUUGUACGUCCUCAUGCAGAAAGCUGUGGUCCCCGGCUGUCCACUCUCUGGUCCAGGUAAGGGACAGUACCUGUCUACUUUUGCGGGUAGUAAUGAACUGGACAUUCCCAUGAAGCAGGAGAAGGGGAGGGCGAGCAGCUCCUCUAACCAUCGGCGGUCGCUCGAUUCCUCUAAAGUCCACAGAAUGAAACACAGGAAUUCUUAUGAUGCUGACAGUCGAGACCAGUCACAGCUUCAGCCUCAUCCAAAACGUCGAAGUCUAUCAGCACUGUCCAACAGGUCAGAGGAGGAAUAUAACACAACAAAUAUCAGAGUCGAGGAAGGAAGUAACAGCUCCUUGGCUAAAGUUCCUAAACUGGAGAUUCGUUCUCCAGUCCUUUCCAUACCAUUCCCUGCUCCAGGAUCAUCACCUGUCAAUAAUUCAAAACCCUCAGGAUCAGCUCCUUCCCGAAACAAUUCAGGAUUGACAUCUGAACGUGGUGUGCGAUCCUUCUCAAUGUCCUCACAGUCGUCUUCUCUUUCUGAUGGGAGGAAGUUCACAUCACAUUUACCAAUUGCUACGCGGAAGUCUCGGUCGUCUGAGAACCUGUCUUCAACAUAUGGUUCCGGAUCAAAUCAGAGCCGAAUGGCUCCUCGUCUGCGGUCUCCAAGUCCAUUUUCCUUCUCAUUGACAACUCCUACCUCAGCUUUGAACUCAUUCAAAUUCCUUGAAGUGAAAUCAAGGGCAGAAGUGACCCAGUCCAAGUCAGGAUCACGUAGAAGUUUAGACUCUUCUUUAGGUCGACCUCGCAAAAUUCCAGAACCCACCAAAACCCAUCUUGCCUCAGGUAUUCAUCAGGAAAGUGAAUGCUGAUAGACUUUUCCUAGAUCCUUUACAUUGAAGAUUGAAAGAGAAAUAAUUAUGA